GGCCACGGAUACCAGUCAAGAGAUUCUGUAUUAACUCACGAUCAGGAUGGUGAGAUAUUCUCCACAGAGUAUAAGGAACAUAAUGCUGUAUCCUUCACCAAAGUGUUGCACUAGGGUUCCCGUAUCUGCGAUUUGGGUUCUAUAGAUAACUGAGCAAUUACUGAGCAAUUAACAUUGACGAGUGCCCAGUUGCAAUGCCAGAAAUGAAAGCUGCUGCCUACAACAUGGAGCCACGUAAGGAAUACGGCCACAGUCAGGUCCCGUCAUUUAAGUAGAAAUAUCGUGUUUUGCUGCAUCCAGCGCUGCUCACAUCUACUGCACAAUCAUGCGUUUCCUAAGGUUCAUCAGCUGCUCUAUACUACUACCUACCGCUCUCUGCCGCUCAUGGCGCCCAGGCGACUCGUGUCCAACUUCCAUCGUAGCCACGAUUCCAGGCUAUUCCACUAACGUUCCGGGAUUUACCACCAUGUCUGGCGUCCACCGAGCUCUCAUAUCGUGUCCGAACAUCACGUCACUACGUCUCCGAGUUACGCUCCUCGGUUGCUCAUCGUGGCCAGAUCGCUGGUCCUUUCCCUUUGCACUCGACGGAAAGGACACAUAUCCGAAUUUACGAACACUCCAUCUUGAGGGAUACGACUUCGAUCAACGCGAGUGGAAUGACUUACAGUCUAGAUUGGGGCCGAUGCGAUGGUACGAGAGAUGGGCUGAUUGGAUAUUCUCCGGGAAGGCUUUCAAGCAGAUAUCAUUCAAUAUAAGCCUUUCUGCAGAACAGCGCGAAAAGGACAAUCUUGAUCUCUGGCUAGAUGCUAUGGACUGGGGAAUGGUAGAAGAGCUAGCAUUGGCAGACAAUAGAGCCAACUAUACUUACUUCUUCGGCAAAGCCUCCAAGGCCCUAACAGGACUGCAGCGUCUCCAACUGGACGGCGGGGAAGUCAAUGAAACCAUCCAGAUCCUCAAAGCUUUGGCGGAUAACGGCGUCGCCCUAACAAACUUCACUUGGACAGACAACUCCAACUCAUAUCCGCAGAACAGUACCCUGCCGACCAUCGCCAAGACCCACGGCCAGUCUCUUCUCCAUCUCGAUGUCCACUCCAUUGAAGCCAUGAGUACCAGUGGCAUUGUCUUCUCUGCCACUGAGAUAGAGCAUCUUCAACAAAUGCCUAAUCUCAAUCACCUCUCCCUUAAUCUCCCGCGCAACGGCACCUGGCCGCUCGAGUCCCUCUCCGCUAUCGCUGGUAUCUCCCCACUGCGUACUCUUGACCUGUGGCUCGAUAUUAUGAGUGAAUGUCGCCGGCAGAAAACAGAACCACAUCACUGGCGACCUUAUCCUGACGAAGUCGAAGGAUGUACCGAGGAAGAGCAGUUUCUCCGUCCGUACGCCAACGAGACGACGGCAAAUGAAGUUUUUGAAUUCAUGCGUAGCAAGAAACUCGGAAACGAAUUAGAAAGUGUGACAUUCUGGGUGGGUGACUGGGGUCGACCUUGGGAUGGGCCGCUCUAUGAGCCAUCGUGGGUUGAGAACAGAAGAGCAAAGAUUAGCUGUAAUGUUGUUGCAGAGAGGUGUGUGGUAGAGGAAGGUAACAAUUAUUGGAGUCCAGAUAAUUCUUGGAGGGAAAUGGAUCCCGAGAAGUAAUAGUACUAGAAGGGUUAGACGCUGUUGAACGAUCAAACGGCUGUUACCGAGACGCUCGCCAGUUGGGUAGUCGGAAUAAUUCAUCUCUCCCUUCAAGUAAUGCUACAAGUUAACAAGCUAAAGAAAUGUCUUAG